AUGAAUCCUCAGAAAAAUUCCAAUAACAACUCCAACCCAAGAGCUCAUAAGCUCAAUAGACUCUUCGACUCUAUCUUGAACGGAAAGCAGUCUUUGACGCCUCAGAAUGGUCCGCUUUUCUUGGAGAGCAUCUGCGCCCAGGCAGACCCCGCGACCUGCGUCAACAGGUUGAUCGCAGCGAGCAAGACUGGUCUCCCAUCUCUCCAGGCGGCGAUGCGAUACGAUCUCUCCGUGUCGUUUGCCAAUGGGCUCGCGACGACGGUGAUAACGUAUAUGCAGGCUCCUGGACUGGAGACCAUCGCAGGGGGCCAUUUCAUUCAGCAAAUCGUCGCAGCGAUCGUUGAGCCACCCAUUUUCUGGAAUAUGUUUAGCACGGCGUUCCAGGCUGGAGAGCUGCAGGAGAACGGCCGACAUGCCUUCGGCUGGCUUCUGCUGCAGCUGAUAUCCCUUCCUGGAGACCGAGGCUCCUCUUAUCGUGAGCUCACCCAGGACGAGGCGAUAUUGGAUCGACUCUCCAUUUCGUCUCGCCCUGAUACCAAGGCACUUGUCCAGAAGAUCAGGAACAUCCUUGCGACGUUCAAUAACCCCAUUCCUGCUGACAGCGGAGAGUCUGUUCCCGGGGGUCGACACGAUAAUGAUUUUGUCGACUUCCGAGAUAUCUGCAUCCUCCCCACCGCGGACGAGAUUACGUGCACGGCGCGUCCAUUCCUCCGCCCAAGCUCGGCGCUGGAUGACCCGGAGAUGGCAGACAACCGGACUGCCGUCUACCUCGACAACUUGUUCCGGUUGUUGAGGGAGGACAUGAUCUUCGAUAUGCGAGAGGAGUUACAGCUUGCCCAGGGGAAGAAGAAGGGCAAGCGCAGAGGCUUCUUCAUCGACGGCAUGACGCCUUUGGGGGUGUACUGCGGGACGGACAAGAAGAGAGUGAAGUGGGGCAUUUCUUUCGAAUGCGAGAGCGACCUGCCCCAAUUCAAGGGUAAGAAGAAGGAGAAGGACCGCAAAGCAGUUCUUACGGACGAUAAAAAGGUUCUCAGACACCAAGCACUUUCGUGUCUCCUCGUCGAUGACGAAGUUGUCGCCUUCCCUACGGUCAACCGAGACGAGGACCUUCUUGUGAAGGUUCCUCCAAUAAUCAUUCUUCAGUUCGAAGGAGAGGCCACAACGACGAAGACGCUACUCAAGCUGAAGACGGGGACACGUAUCAAACUCAUUCAGAUUGAUACAGCCGUCUUCGCUUAUGAGCCAAUCCUGAAAGCUAUCCAGGGAGCCAAAGAAGUGCCGCUGUCGGAGGAGAUACUAUUCUGGAACGAAGAGAGCAGCAUGGAGUGCCCACCCGCAGCGCCUAUGCACAUCGUUGAUGCGCUCAGAAGAGAUCCACAUCAGGAUCUCAGAGCAUUGUUGCAGAUUCAGCAGUCCAAUCCCAUUAAGUUGGAUAAGUCGCAAGCGGAGUCACUUCUUGCCAGUCUGACACAGAGAGUUUCUCUCAUUCAGGGACCUCCAGGUACCGGCAAAUCCUUCAUCGGCGCUCUUCUUGCGAAGGCCCUAUACGAUUCGACAGGAGAUAUCAUUCUCGUAGUCUGUUACACUAACCAUGCGCUAGACCAGUUUUUAGAGGACCUCAUGAACAUUGGAAUCCCCGCAACCAGUAUGGUUCGGCUAGGCAAAGCAUCGAAUUCUCAGACGGAAGCGCUAUCUCUGUACAAGCAGAAUCGUGACUUCCGGUUGGGCCGGACGGACUGGCAGGAAAUAGACGGCUACAGAACAACGACAACAUUUUUGGCCGCCCACUUAGAUGCGUCGUUCGACAAGUAUAUCUCCUCGAACGUGCAGGAUCAUGAGCUUCUGGAGCACCUUGAGUUUGAAGCGCCCGAAUUUUAUCAGGCAUUCUACGUCCCCAAUUCAAACGAUGGCAUGACACAAGUCGGAAAGAAGGGUCGCGCAGUGGAUUCUGUGUACUUGCUGAGGCAGUGGCAAAAGGGAUGGGAUGCUGGCAUCUUCAAACAGGCUCCGCACGUUCGAGCGGCAUCGCAAAUAUGGGAAAUGACGCCCGCACAACGCAAAUCGCAGGUUGACGCUUGGACAGAAGAGUUGAUUAAGGAGCGGGUCGGCGAGAUCUACUCUACGGCCGUGAACUACAACGAGGCUUCCAACAAUCUGGACCGCAAAUUCAACCAACAUGUCAGUGUCACCCUACGAAGCAAACGCAUUAUAGGUUGCACAACUACGGCGGCGGCCAAGUACAGCGACGAUAUUCAAGCCGCUUCUCCGGGAGUACUUUUGGUGGAGGAGGCUGGCGAGAUUCUUGAAAGCCAUGUGCUCACUGCGCUUGGGGCAAAGACCAAACAGCUCAUUUUGAUCGGUGAUCACAAACAACUCCGCCCAAAAGUUAAUCACUAUCUCCUCACGGUAGAGAAGGGCGAAGGAUAUGACCUGAACAGAUCCCUGUUCGAGCGCCUCAUUCUCAAAGGCUAUCCCCACGAAACGCUCAGUCAGCAGCAUCGAAUGCGCCCAGAGAUCUCCUCGCUCAUUCGUGCUCUGACGUAUCCUGAUCUGGUCGAUGCAGACUCCACGAAGAAUCGUCCCAACAUCCGUGGCCUCCAGGACGACAUUGUCUUCAUCAACCAUAGUUUCCCCGAAGAUGACCUCCCUCAGGUUGCGGACCGGAAAGACGCGACGUCCACGUCGUCCAAGCAGAACACUUACGAAGCAGAGAUGGUCCUUAAGAUCGUGCGAUACCUUGGACAACAGGGUUAUGGCACCGAUAAGCUCGUGAUCCUCACGCCCUAUCUUGGCCAGCUGCACAAGCUUCAGGCGAUGCUACGGCAGGAUAACGAUCCUAUUCUCAACGAUUUGGACUCCCACGACUUGGUUCGUGCCGGCUUGGUACCUGCCGCAACAGCAAACAUGUCGAAGAAGCGGAUACGGCUUGCCACGAUAGACAAUUAUCAGGGUGAGGAGAGUGAUAUCGUGAUUGUGUCGCUUACAAGGAGCAACUCUAACCACGAUAUCGGGUUCAUGUUCUCACCGGAACGCGUGAACGUCCUCCUGUCCCGAGCCCGCCUAGGAAUGAUCAUGCUUGGGAAUGCAGAAACAUUUAUGCAAGCACGCCGAGGUAAAGAGCUUUGGACCAAGCUUUUCGAUCUACUCAAACGUAGCAAUCGCGUGCAUGACGGUCUUCCUGUCAAAUGCGAGCGCCACCCGACGCGGAUGGCUCUACUGAAGCGUCCACACGAUUUCACUGACCUUGUGCCCGACGGUGGAUGUCAAGAGCCCUGUGGUACAUUGUUGAAUUGCAACAUUCACAACUGCCCUUCAAAGUGCCAUCAGCUCUACGAUCAUUCAAAGAUGCGUUGCGAGUCCAUCAUGAAGGAUACAUGCUCCAAAGGUCACCCGCUGUCUUGGACAUGCCACGAGGGUCGUCCUCCUGCAUGCAAGAAGUGCGAACGAGAAACAAAGCUUGCAGAAGAGAAGCAGCGCCAGGCUUUUGCAUUGCAAAGGAAGCGCGAAGAAGACGAUCGCGCCCAUGCGGCUGAGCUCAAGAAGCUUGACGAAGAGAUUGCACAGGAAAGACAGAAGCUGCGGGACGAGCAGCUUGCUCAAGAACGAGCCAACGUCAUUCAGCAGAAGCAGAAAGAUGUGGAGGAAGCAAGAUCUAUGUCGUCGCGAGUGGUAUCUUCGAUACAAACAGUCAGUGCCACGCUCAGCUUAGGUUCAGGCUCUUCCCCGCACGCAGUUGGUCCUAUAGCAGCGACGACGGCUGCACCUGUGGCUGUCCCGAGGUCGCCCACUACACAUUCGAAGGUCAAGGCCUCUGCUGAGUCCAAACCACCAGCUUCGAAAAGCCAGCCGACGCAGCAAACACCUUCGCCCUCAGAGUCCGAGCAAGAAUGGGAGCGUCAGAAGACGAUGGAGGGUGCAUCUAAUGAAUCAAUAGAUGCUAUCAUGCACAUGACAGGCCUUGAAGAAGUCAAGGCACAGGUCUUACGUAUCAAGGACAAGAUUGAGAUAACUCAACGACAAAAUACCUCUUUGAAAAGUGAACGUUUCAAUAUUGUAUUGUUGGGCAAUCCUGGAACAGGAAAGACAACCGUUGCGCGCCAUUACGCGAAGUUCUUGACAUCGCUUCAAGUCCUUCCUGGAGCUGCAUUUGUGGAAACUACUGGGUCUCGCCUCGCAAAUGAUGGAGUCGCUGGUAUCAAGAAACAUAUCGAAGAAGUCAUCAAUGCUGGAGGAGGAGCGAUCUUUGUCGACGAGGCCUACCAGUUGAAGUCUGAACACAGUUUCCAAGGAAGCCAGGUCCUGGAUUUCCUCCUGGCGGAAAUGGAAAAUAAUGUUGGCUCCAUCGUCUUCAUUCUGGCUGGAUACAGCAAGCAGAUGGAGAAGUUCUUCGAGCACAAUCCAGGCUUGACCAGUCGUGUUCCAUAUAUGCUUCAGUUCGCAGACUACAAGGACAGCGAAUUGCGGUUGAUGUUUGAGCGGAUGAUAACAAAGAAGUAUAACCGCCAGAUGGAGCUGGAGGAUGGAUUUGAAGGCCUUUACUCACGCAUUGUAAUCCGACGAUUAGGGAGAGGUCGGGGUCGAGAGGGAUUCGGGAAUGCACGGGCUCUGGAGAACCUGCUGGCGAAGAUUGGGGAACGUCAGGCAGCGCGUAUCGCCAAAGAAAGGAAGAAGGGACCACAUCCAAAUGAUUUUCUCUUCACGAAAGAAGACUUGAUUGGCCCUGAUCCCUCUCAAGUCUUGAUCGACAGUGCAGCAUGGAAGAAAUUGCAGAAACUUAUUGGAUUGACGGAAGUGAAGGAGUCAAUACGAAACUUGUUUGACCUCAUUGACAGCAACUAUCAACGCGAAUUAAAGGAGAAGGAUCCUAUCCAGAUGUCCCUCAAUCGCGUGUUCCUCGGGUCUCCGGGAACGGGUAAGACCUCAGUAGCCAAACUCUAUGGCCAGAUUUUGGCGGAUCUAGGUCUUCUUAGCAACGGCGAAGUUGUGCUGAAGAACCCGGCCGACUUCAUUGACUCGGUGCUGGGGGGAUCAGAGAGCAAGACAAAAGCUAUACUAGCGAGUACUGUUGGAAAGGUUCUCAUUAUCGACGAGGCAUACAUGUUGUAUGGGGGAGGCCCUAGUGGUACAGGAAGUCAGAACGAUCCGUAUAAAACUGCUGUAAUCGACACAAUCGUCGCAGAGGUGCAAAGUGUACCAGGAGAAGACCGUUGCGUCCUGUUGUUGGGUUACAAAGACCAGAUAGUCGAGAUGUUCCAGAACGUGAAUCCUGGAUUGGCACGACGCUUUGCAAUAGAAAACGCGUUCCACUUUGAAGACUUCAACGAUCAACAGUUGCUGGAGAUUUUGCAAUUGAAGUUGAAAGAUCAAGAUCUUGAGGCUACGGAUGAAGCGAAAGCUGUUGCCAUCGAUCUGCUAAGUCGCGCCCGCAAUCGCCCUAACUUCGGAAACGCAGGUGAAGUGGAGAAUGUUCUUGGACAGGCCAAAGCUCGCUAUCAAACAAGACACGCAUCGCUCCCCGUGAAACAAAGAAGAUUUGAUGUUGUGUUCGAACCGCGAGACUUCGAUCCCGACUUCGACCGUGGGGCUCGGGCAUCGAGCAAUUUGCAGAAAAUAUUUGAGGACGUGAUAGGAUGCGAGGAUAUCGUAGCGAAGUUAGGAGGAUAUCAGGAUACCGCACGGAGGAUGAAGGCGCGGAGAAUGGACCCUCGUGAUCAAAUUCCUACCACCUUCGUCAUGAAAGGACCCCCAGGAACUGGAAAGACCACCACAGCUCGGAAAAUGGGACAGGUCUUUUAUGACAUGGGGUUCCUCUCCUCUCCGGAUGUUAUUGAAUGUUCUGCAUCAGAUCUCGUCGGUCAAUACGUUGGUCAGACGGGGCCGAAGACACAGAAGCUAAUGGAGAAAGCAUUGGGGAAGGUUUUGUUCAUUGAUGAAGCAUACCGACUUGGUGAAGGACAUUUUGCUAAGGAAGCCAUCGAUGAACUCGUCAGUGUCCUGACUCAGCCGAGAUUCCUCCAUAAGGUCGUGGUGAUACUUGCCGGGUACGAUCAAGAUAUGAACCGACUCAUGUCUGUCAAUGCCGGACUGUCGAGUCGGUUCUCCGAGGAGAUCACUUUUGUGAACAUGGCCCCUGCGCGCUGUCUGGAGGUUCUGAAGAAAGGAUUAAUGAAGAAGAAUGUCUAUCUCAACGAUCUCGAUAAUCCCUCUUCUGACACAUACCAAGAAUUGGAAGCUUUGAUUCAAGAGUUGUCGAACCUUCCCUCCUGGGGAAAUGCUAGAGAUGUUGGAACACUGGCAAAGCAAAUGAUUAGCCACGUCUUCACUCACUUACCGGAUUCCGAUCCUCCGAACGCAGACUCACGGCUACUUCUGUCAGGCACAGAUGCAGUUGCAUGCACAAAGUCUAUGUUGACAGAACGGCGCGCCCGAUACAUCAACGUUGGUCCAGCGGAGCCUCGCUCUCCACUCUUUGAGACGAAGCAGCAGAUGUUAAACCCUCCGCCUCCGCCUCCGCCUCUACCUCCAUCCACACGCACAGCGAGUUCCGUCAAGACUGCUCCGGACGAGCGUCGGGAAAAUAGGUCAGGACCUUCUCAGUCUGAAGCCCAGCAGCGAGAUCCGGAAGUGUCAGACAAGGUCUGGCUCCACCUUCAAGAAGCUAAGAAAGCGGCAGAAUUUGAAGCCAAACGUGCAGCAGAGGAACAACGCCGGCUGGAACAGCAGCUUCAAGAGGCUAAGGAGCACGAGGAAGCCGUACAGGUUUUUGUCAGGAAGCUCGCAGAAGCCAGAGCCAAGGAUGACGCUGAGCAAGCUGAGCUGAAGCGAAAACUGGAGGAGGUGCGAUUGAGGGAAUAUCGACUGAAAGUCGAGCGGGAGAGGAGAGAAGCCGCCCUGAAAGCGAAGAUGGAGGAGGAAGCCCGGCGCAGAAAACAGGAGGCCAUGGCACAGGCGAAACUUCGCAAGAUGGGAGUUUGUGUUGCAGGUUAUCAAUGGAUCAAGAUCUCGGGAGGAUAUAGGUGUGCUGGUGGCAGUCAUUAUGUUUCCGAUGCGGCGCUGGGACUUUGA